AUUAACGAAAAGAGCCCACGGCCUCUUCUCUUCUUUCUUCCUCCUCUGCAAGCCGCCGACGAGGCAAAUGAGAGAGGAGGGAAGAAAAUCGUAAAGGAGAGAGAGAAGAAGAAGAAGAAGAAGAGCGGAAGAGGAGGGGAGGAGCCAUGGAUGCUUCAGCGCUCAGCAACCCGCGGCUGCAGGCCAUGCUAGAGGAGGAGAAGAGGAAGGCAAUGGCAAACGAGUUCGUGGCGAAGCUGACUGAUGUUUGCUGGGACAAAUGCAUCACUGGGAGCAUUGGAAGCAGCUUCAGCAACAGCGAAGCCUCGUGUCUGUCCAACUGCGCGAAACGCUUUUUCGAACUGAAGAUGCUCAUCGUGCAACGAGUUAGCAGCCCUAGGUGAAAAUUCGCAUAGGUCUUUUCUGCGUCGAGAAUGUAGAAUCUAUAAUAGUUGAUGCUAGAAACUAGAGAGGCAUCACUUGCUUUUUGCUGCAUUUUAUCAGUUUUGGUGUUUUUCCUGCUAUACGUUCUCAGUGAAACGAUUGCAAGUUUUGCUCUUGCAAGGAGAUUAAAAGCGCUACUGUACUUUGACUACUUUUGACCUGAAAAGAAUCAGAGACAAGCUCAUAGCCUGGAGCAGAAAA